AUGAAACGAAAUAGAACUGGGAUGAAAGUAGAAGAAGCCUGGCCUAUUCUGCAAGAAGCCAUUGACAAGAAAAUUGAAAUGAUUGAAGGCAUCAAGGAAGACAAUUUCUCUGUACAAGAGCUAAUGAAUAUCUACACAAUCACAUACAAAAUCGCAACAUAUGGUCCAAGAAAUGGUAUUGAAUGUCAAAAAUUGUAUGAUAGAUACAAUAAAGUUCUUCAAUAUUACAUCUCUUCCAAGGUCUUGCCAUAUUUUAAGGGAAUGAAAGAAGACAUAUUGGUGCAAGAAGUUUUGAUAAGAUGGAAUAACUAUAAACGCAUGACCAAAUGGUUGGAGACAUUCUUUCUAAUCCUAGAACGACGACGCUACAUUAGUUAUAAAGGCUUGCCCAAUUUGCAAGAAGCCAGCUACUCCAUUUUCUUUAAACUAGCCCUUGAUGUUGAGGUGAGGAAAUCCUUAGUGGGUAUGAUUCAUAGGCAUAGCAAAGGAGAGAAAAUUGAUCAAGAGUUGCUAAUGGACGCCAUCAAUAUGUAUGUGGAGAUCGGGAAUGAGUACUAUGAGCAGCAUUUCAAAUACGAUAUACUCAAAGAAGCUCACAAGUUUUAUUGUUCUUAUUGA